ACAGGCAUACCCCCACCCCCACCGCUUUCUUCCAUGCACUUUGUCUUCAUCGCCUCCAACACUACUUCUUUUAGUGUUUUUUGCAUUUCAUAUUUCUUCCCUACCCCUCCCUCUCCCCAUAACUUGUCUCCAAACAACUUUGCUUCUUCACUUCUCCUCAAUUUAAACCCUCCCCCUUCCCAUUUCCCAUUUCCCAUCUCACCAAGAAUCAAGAAAUAUUCAAGCACUACAACUACCUACUUCUCACUUCAUAAUUUAGGGUUUCUUUACCUCUUAAAAAAAAAGAAAAGACUUCUGACAAUGUCUAGCAGAAGAUCGCGUUCAAGGCAAUCAGGAGUUUCCAGGAUAAGUGAUGAUCAGAUCGCCGAUCUCGUGUCCAAAUUGCAACAGCUUAUCCCUGAGAUCCGCAACAGGCGUUCCGACAAGGUUUCGGCAUCAAAAGUGUUGCAGGAGACUUGUAACUACAUUAGGAACCUACACAGGGAGGUGGAUGAUCUCAGCGACCGGUUGUCGGAGCUCUUGGACUCUACGGACAGCGACAGUGCUCAAGCAGCCAUAAUUAGGAGCUUGCUAAUGUGAUGGCUAACUAGUAAUAAUAAAGCUUAGAGAUGGUUGUACUUUUUGCUCUCAUUGUUGUCUAGGGUUUGGUCGUCGCUGUAGUCGAUCGGCCGCCGGGUAAUUAGGAUUUUAGCUACUUAAUUAUGGAUGCUGUACAAGGUAUCCCCAUUUAUAAAUAUCAUUGCAUGAGACUUUUGUGUUUUGUUAAA